AAAGGCCCGCGGAGAUGGGCUACGGCCGCCGGAAUGAGCCUCUAGUGCAGAAUUCCCCAAUGGGGAAAUAUCACACUCCCGCACAGAUGGUUCACAAGCUUGGACUGGCCACUUGGAAGAUCAAGCAUAUCCAGCUCAUUAUCUUCAUAUCUCUACACUCCUUCAGAACCGCUCGAGUGGGGUAUCUUGAUCUCACCUCACCUUAAACCACGCCCAUCUUGGGCUACUGCGAAUCACACCCCGGGUGACUCAGUCGUCAAUUUGACACGGCAUCGCCAUGGCUGCCCAGUCAUUGAGUUCGUUGCUACAACGAGCCUCCAUUGACGACCACGAAGAAGUUCUUCAGUCCUCCAACGCUGCACUGGCCAAAUCGAAAGCCGACCAGCAUGCCCAGCAUAUCAAGGUCAUUGCUCUUUGUAAACUCGACCGCUACGCCGACUGUCUGCGUGUGUUCGAGGAAGCCGGUGACGGCUUGAAGACCCGGGCCGCUCUGGAAUAUGCCUAUGUCCUCUACAAGUCAGGCCAGCCGGAGGAUGCCAUAGAGGUAGUCUCCAAGGUGACUGGCAACCGUGGUGCUCUUCACUUGGAAGCUCAAGCCAGCUAUCGCGCCGAGAGAUUCAGUCGCGCCGCUGAAUUAUACGAAGAACUCUCGAAAAAUGGAGCCUCAAUGACCAACGAGGAAAACGAUCUGCGCAUCAAUGCCUGGGCUACGGAUGCACAGCUGCAGUGGAAGGGCUAUCCCGAGUUCGUUCGUCAUAACCGACCAACCCGUGAUGAUUUGGAGGCAUUUGAAACCGUGUACAACGCCGCAUGCUUGAGCAUAGCAAAGGGCGAAUUCGAGCAAGGAGAACUGCUUCUGAAGCGAGCCAAGGAACUGUGCCGCACGUCAGAAGAUCUCACCCCGGAGGACAGAGACGCCGAACUACUCCCAAUUGCCGUGCAGCAGCUGUACGUCCUGCUUCGCCAAGGCAAGUCUGAGGAGGCUCAGUCCAUUUUGGAGGAGAUCUCGGUCAAGGAUAUCCACGAAGCCUCGACGAAGAAGAUCGCACAGACCAACGCCACCCUCGCUCGCGGCGCCUCAGCCAAUCCCUAUGCUUUCUACAAGGCCUUCAAAGAGAUCCCAGACGCGACAGAGAGCGACAAGCUGUUCGACUACCAGAGCCACCUGACGACCGGCAACUCGCAUGCGGCCGACCUCCUCGUCCGCAAAUACGACGGCAUCAUCCGCUCAACCUCCAAGGCCCUCUCUCGCGCCGCCUACCCCUCCACAGAACCCAGCGCCAACCUCCUCUCGGUGUACAACGCCGCCGCGCACGCCCAAGGUGAAUCCGGCACGAAAGCGCUCAAGCCUGUCGUAGCCGCGCUCGACAGGCGGCCCAAGGACGUGGGCCUGGCCCUCACCGCCGUGCAGCUCUACGUGGGCGCGGGCAACACCACCUCCGCGAUCACCACUCUCGAGUCCACCCUUCAACUCCUCGACGAGUCCAUCUCCGAGCAAGACAAGGAAGUUCGCUUCAACCCGGGCGUUCUGAGCGUGCUGCUCUCCCUCUACAAGCUCGAGGGCCGCAAGGUCCAGAUCCGCUCGGAACUGGCCAAGGCCGCCGCCUACUGGCAGCAGCAGCAGCGGGACGGCGCCAGCCAACCGCCCCCGGCUCCCCUCCUCCGCGCCGCCGCCGCCUCCCUGUUGCACUCGACCGACACCGCCGACCUCACCAAGGCCGGCGACCUGUUCAAGUCUCUCUACCAGUCCAACACCGCCGAUGACUUCGCUGUCGCCGGGUACGUCGCCGCGCAGGCCCCCAUCGACUACGCCAAGGUCGAAUCCCUGGUCGACCAGCUCCCGUCCGUUGCGGACCUGAUCGCCGAGGUGGACGUGGCUGGCCUCGAACAGGCGGGGAUCGCGCCUUCCUCGGGGGCGAAUGCCGCUGCCGCGGCUGCGAUCGCGGGCGCGCGCAAGCGGUCCGCCACUGCCAACCAGGAAGACGGCGGUGCGGCGAAGAAACGGGUCCGCAAGUCGCGGCUGCCCAAGGACUAUGAUCCGAGUAAAACCCCCGACCCGGAGCGCUGGCUGCCUCUGCGCGAUCGCUCGAACUACCGGCCCAAGGGUCGCAAGGGCAAGCAGCGCGCGGCGGACCGGACACAGGGUGGUGUGGUGAACGACAAGGCUGAGGAGUCUGCCCCGGCCACCAACCAGCCUAAGCCUCAGAGCGGCGGUGGCGCCAACAAGAAGAAGAAGAAGGGCAAGCGGUAGUGAUACGAAACGGUAAUCCUUCAUGUUUCUUUCUAAUUUCUAUUCAUGAGAUAUGUCUUGCAUUGGCUGGCAGAGAAAAAGAAGAGAGGUCUUUAGACUCCCUGGAAGCAUGUAAAUAGAAAUUCGGUCAUUCUGCUGC